AGUAAAACAAGUGAGGGUUUCUUCUGUUUGUGUCAGUGUGUGUGUGUUGUGCUCGUGAGGCAAUGGAAGGAGGAGGAGCCAUCCCGGCGGGUGCGGGCAAGGCGGCCUAUGGCGAUGGGAUGCACAAGAGUCCACUUCAUCCACAGCCACAGCCCACCGUCGACGCCCGCCUGGCCGAUGCUGAACAAGAGCCAUGUGGGACUGUAAUAGUUCCUCAAAUCAUCAUAGUUAAAGGUGGACAGGAUGUGGCAAUGGAAGUCAAGUCGUAUGGUGGGAAUGGUUGGGCAGUUUUUAUCAUGUCUGCCGAGGGCGCCGUAUCCAAUGUGACACUGCAUCAACCAGCUUCUCCGCUUGAAACAGUUAUGCAUAAGGGUUGUUUUGACAUUGUCUCCAUGACCGGCUCGUAUCUGCCGUCAAAAACUGAUGGAGUGAGCUCUCUAAAGGGUGGGUUCGCCAUUUCGCUUGUCGAUGCUGAUGGCCGCAUCUUCGGCGGUGGGUUAGCAGGACCUCUGAUUGCAGCAUCAUCUGUUCAGGUGAUCAUUGGAAGGUUUGCAGCUGAUGAAAAAGAGGACAUCAAGCAGGAUGUGGCCAGUGGAACUGAACCGAGUGAUUCUCCGAAUGGAUCCUCAAGUGGUCCAGGAAGCCCAUCAAACUAGAGUGCUUUGGCACAUUCAACUCCAGCUUCCUAUUUCCAGAUGCCAGUCAGCUUAAUAAAUUCCUAGUUUUUCGUUCCUACUAUUUCCCAGACGCUUAGCUUUCUGCUCGUACUUGUUGAACUUUUCAGUCUCGUUAUAUGAUGUAUGGCCCCUGGAUGUGGUCAAGUUAUGUUUUUA